CUAAAAGUAAACUGCAUUGCAGAAAUAGUCUGCAUACUAAACAUGUAACUUGAAAAGUAGCCGAAUUACGUAUUUACACAAGGUACUCAUGUUUCUUGAUCACCUUGGAACAGUCUUCACGCUCCGCUAACUUCCAGUCUCUUCUCUGUAAGAGAAAGACAACUAAGGAAGGAUGCCUUUCUUUUUUAGUAUAAUUCUUAUUUUUCCAAUGACGUAUGCUAAUGGCUGGUGGAAAAGUCCAGUGGAUGGACCUACAUGCAAAAGCGGUACAUGUGGAGAAUCUGAUGAAACGUGCGAAUGUUCUUUUACCAUAGAACAUGGGUUGACAAUGAUGACUUCGUUUCCCGAUCCAUUCUUAGUGUGGCCAAAACAGGGACAUCUUUACCGUUAUAAUGACACGGGAGGUUUAAAUCCAUUGCCUGAGAACAUAACCCAAAACGUUAUCACAGGUGAUGGAUAUGGUUCACGUCUUGUAAUUCUUAUCAAUGGCAAAUUCCCGGGUCCUUUACUGGAAGCCUAUGAAAAUCAGAAGAUGAUCAUCCAUGUCCGUAACUUGAUGCACACAGAUUCAAUGACAAUUCACUGGCAUGGUCUACAUCAGCGAGGAACGGCACAUAACGACGGUGUGGGAUUUGUUACGCAGUGCCCUAUACCCCCAGGACAGCGCUUCACGUAUACGUUUAAUGCCUAUCCACACGGUUCCUUCUUUUAUCAUGCACAUCUUGGAGAUCAAAGAAGUAUGGGACUCUAUGGUGGCUUUGUUAUUUACAGAAAAGCUUUGUCUGAGCCACAAAAAGGCUUUUCCCUUCUUUUGCAAGACUGGAACCAUAGUGAUGAUCCGGAAGCAAUAUAUCAACGAAUGUUAAAAGGAGUUUACAACCUAGCAAGUCGUACCAAAAUAGACACCACACAAGCAGUCGAUGGUGCAAACUUUAGUCGAUUUCAUUUUGAUUCCGGAAUUUUUAAUGGAAAGGGUCGGUUUUACAGCACGCUUACAUCAAAUAACGGAGCCCCAUUGGAGACCUGUCUUGUGGAACCAAAUGAACAUUAUCGCUUUCGAAUAAUAAGCGCUGCCACCCUAUACCCAUUUCGGGUUUUCGUUGAAGGACAUCCCGAGUUGAACAUAAUAGCCUCAGAUGGAUAUGAAAUUCAAAGAGGUUUUGGCAGCAAAUCAAAUAAUUUAAUAGUAGAAUCAUUCAUUAUCCAUCCAGGAGAACGAUUUGACUUUAUCUUAAAAACAGAUAAAAAUCCUAGAACCUACCUGUUAGUAGCAGAAAGUAUUGAAGUUAUUCCUCCUAACCUAAACCAGUAUCGAGCAGCUGAGGCCAUCAUUCAGUAUAAAAAAUCACCUUUCAUGUAUCCAUCUAAAGCUACCUAUAAUCCUUGUUCAAAAGAAAACCCAUGUAUAACAUUUAAUUGUCCCUUCCUCUAUUAUCCUUCUGAAACCAAUAGGAAAUGUCUUUCCUAUGACGAUGCCUUCGGCAAUGAAACUACGUCGAAUUUUGACGAAGUUCAAAAUGUAGAUGAGACGCUGUUCUUCAAUUUUGCAUUUCCAGGAGAGUCUGGAUACACACCCGGUUCCGUAAACGGACAUCAAUUUGAGGUUCCCGAAUUCCCUCUUCUUUCAGAUCAGAGAAUAUCGUCGGAAUGCGAUCGUUCAAUCUGCACCGAUGAUUCUAUCUGCACCUGUACAUAUACUGUAGAACUGGUCCAAAAUAACGUUUACCAAUUUGUUCUAACAAACAUUGGAAAAGGUCAAGGUUGGUCGCAUCCAGUUCAUCUCCAUGGACAUUACUUUUAUGUUUUAAAAAUGGGAUUUGGUACAUACAACAACAUCACGGGAAAGUUCAUUACACAAACAGAUGAUAUUGCAUGUUCCGGUAAGAGAAACUAUUGCAAUUCAGCCUCAUGGAGAAACGAUUCUUGGAACAAGAAUGCAUCUUUUAUAACAAAUUUAAAAACAAAAUUUCCACCUAAGAAGGAUACGGUCAUCGUGCCGACAGGUGGGUAUGUUGUGAUUCGAUUUAAAGCCGAUAACCCUGGCGCUUGGUUUUUUCAUUGUCACAUAGAUCUUCACAAUACAAAUGGAAUGGCCAUGGUUCUUUUGGAAGCAAAGGAAAAUUAUCCACCGGAACCCGAAAAUUUUCAGUCAUGUUGGCAUGUUCAAAGCAGUUCUUCUAACACAAAUGAUGAAGUUUUACCUUUCAAAAUAGCAGCCAUAAUUUUGGGAGUUAUUUUAGGCUUUGGAGUUGUGUGUUUUAUUGCAUACAAAUACCUUAAAAGAAGAGAUGGAGUGAGAAAUCAUGAACUUCUCCGUGAAAGUACAGCUUCAUAUUCGUCUUUUGCUUAACAGCACUUGUUCAUAAUCAACAAAAUUUUCUCCAAAAAGCUUAAAAGACAGAAUUUCUGAAACAUUAGAAGGAGGUUAAAAGGAUAAACUCUAUUCCAUGGAAGUUUGAACACCCAUUCAUACAAUAGAACAAUCCAAGGAAAAGGCGCGAAGAAAGCAGUGACAUUUGGCGCAAAAAGAGCGAUUCACCCCUUUUGUAGAAUAUAAAUGGACUGAUCUAGUAGUAUAGAAAUGCAGAAAAAAGGAUACACGGACAUGUUGAAACGAUGAAUCACAUGGAAUAAUCGUCCCAUGCAAAAAGAUUAAAGGACGUAAACACUACAGUAUUUUGCGUCAUAAAUACCAUUUUUUUCCCCUGAAAACUGUUUCUUUUAAAAUGUAGGUAAAGAAUUCCAAUGUAAAUCAGCUUGCAGAAAAUCUAGCUCUCUAGGUAUGAUCUAUUAGUUUCGGAUCUUGCAAAUAUCAAUCCUUAUACAGCCUGACGCCGUGACGUCAGGCAAUAAACAGAGCAAUCAUGGAACUGUGAAGAUCAGAGAUGGGAUCAGAUGCCAAAUAGGAUUUAGCAUUCCUUGUUGAACGUUCCUAUCCGCCUCGUGCUUCUAGUCAAAGUUUGGAAAAGAAAAAAAUCCGUAGUAAAUUUAGAGUGUAAAAAUGGUUUAAUAAUUAGCAUAAAGCAGAGCAAACACGGAUAUCUAAGGUCUAACUCACCAUUUGUUCCUUGUCAUGAUCGGGCGAACGAAAAAAAAAUAUGUAGAUAAUUUCAAUAUAUUAAAAAUGACCAUAGUGAAGUAUAUGGAGAUAAAGUAUUCAACGUUAAAGUCAUCAGGUUUAUCAUAGAGCUUUGUUUUUAGAUCUCCACUAAUGCCUUUUUUAAGUAAAAUAUCCAAAUAUGAAACAGAUUUGUCAGACUCUGUGGUAUCUUUAUCUCAAGCUCACCGGGAUACAUCAUAUCGACAUAAGAAUGGAAAUUACCAUUGGUAAUUGACAAUACGUCGUCGAUAUAUCUUAAUGUCGAGUUGACGCCACAGCAAGUGUUUUCUUCUUUUCAUGUAUACAAUUUGGACAAACUCUGCUUCAUAUGAAUACAAAAAUAUGCUAACAAUUAGUAUUGAAAACGUCAGUCAUCAUUCCCCUUGAUGACCAUUGACAUCUCUUUUCUAGUAAAUUUUCUUUGAAACACAUUUGCCAGACUCUGUGACAGUACCCUGCACACAUUCAAGAUUAAUAAAAUCUUUGUUUUGGUCUAUAUUUUAUCAAAGAAAUAUAAUGUAUUUAAAUAUAAUAGAUAAAUAUUGACUAAAAAUUUUAGCUGAGUGCGACCAUUAUUUUUCGAGAAA